CUGCAGAGACUGACUGCGGACACAGUACAGGGAUGACCAGAGACUGCGGACAGACAGGGGAUGACCAGAGACUGCACACAGUACAGGGAUGACCAGAGACUGCGGACACAGUACAGGGAUGACCAGAGACUGCGGACACAGUACAGGGAUGACCAGAGACUGCGGACACAGUACAGGGAUGACCAGAGACUGCGGACACAGUACAGGGAUGACCAGAGACUGCGGACAUACAGGGAUGACCAGAGACUGCGAAAGACAGAUGACCAGAGACUGCAGUACAGAUGACUGCUGACCUUUGG